GACAGUUGACAACGCAUCUAACCUAAAAUUACUAAUAAAAUAAUAACACUACGGUUUAAAAUAAAUAAAUAAAAAUGUUGUUUCUAUAUUUAUUAGGCGUCUUGUCGUAUAUCGUACAAGCGAUAUUCAUAACUAUGGCUGUUGCGGCUGGACUUUAUUAUUUGGCUGAAUUAAUUGAGGAGUAUUCAGUGACAGCAAAAUACGUGAUAUCUUGGUUAAUUUUUAGUACAGCGGCCAUUCAUAUGGGUUUAGUAAUAUUCGAAGAUUUACCUCUACAUUUAAAUAUGCUGGGCUUGCUACAGCAGUUUUUACAUUGGGCUAUGAUUCGAGAUUUCCCCGUGGUUAAGAUGACAAGCUUCACUCUUUUCGCUUCUGUGGCCAAUUUGAUAAUACACCAUUAUUUUGCGUUUAAAUAUUUUGGUACUGCGUAUAUUCCAUUUUCAGAGGUGUUGGGUUAUUUCACUUUAUGUCUGUGGCUUGUACCAUUGACAUUGUUUGUGUCACUAACUGCAAAUGACUAUGUACUACCUACACGGGGUGAGAAGCAGCCUUUACUCGGUGAUAACAAUGUUGUUACGGAUUACCUAUCGCGUAAAGCGAACACAUACAGCCUGCUAUCAUUCUUCAGUUACGCAAAAGACUCAAUACUUCCUCAAAGAAGUAAAAAAGCAUUUUAAAUAUUUUCAGAAUUUCAAUAGUUAAUAUAAGUUUUAUAAACUCAUGCUCUAUACCACUGACUCGCUUUGCGAGUUUUAAAAAGAAUAAAUUAUAGCAAAAAAUGUGUCAUAAAAUGUCAUAUUUGACAUAAGCACUGACAAAUGACAUUUCAAAGUGCGCUAAAAGCUGUCAAAUAAAAAGGCAAAGGUUAACACCGUA